AGAGACAGAUCAGGGAGUAGUCAAUACCAACCCAAAAAAAUCAACAUGGAUGAAUGGCUACCUAGUUGGGAAUGGUGAUGUCGCUGUAAGAAUGCCACCCCUUCACACCUCUCGUUUUCUCUUACUCUUCCUAUUCUUCGGGAACGUGUGGAAGGUACUCGCUAAAUCUAUUUCGGAUCAAGGAACACUUGAGGUGCUGAUCAGAGUUCAGGUUUUUGAUAACAGCGACCUUUCACCUUUGGCGGGCGCUGCCGUAGAGGUCUUUGGGAACCAGACCACCUUGCCGCCCAGCACGGCAGGCAGCGAUGGGGUCAUCAUGGUUACCGUCCCUUACCGUCCGGGGAUGUGGGUCAUCGUCACUGCGUCCAAGCACGGUUAUGUCACCAACUCCGCCCCCUGGCACGCCAGCCGUAAGCCUCUGUACGCCUCAGUCAGCCUCUACCUCCUCCCCCAGAGACCAGCCACCCUCAUCCUCUAUGAAGACGUGGUCCAGGUGCUUCUAGGAUCCCCAGGGUCCAGGAACCAGCCAUGGGUGCAGUUCCAGAGGAAGGCCGUGGGCCCACUGCUCAACUCCUCCUAUGCCGAGCUGUCAGCCGUGCUGACCGCCGCCAAGAGCCAGUACGAGAUUGGGGGCUUCCCGUACCCACUGGGCCAGGAGAGCAAUGGAACUGGAGGCUAUGGCAGCUGGGUGGAGCUGACAGCAGUGGCCGCGGUCAGCGCUCACCUCUUCAGCCACAAUGGGACCACCAUCCAGGUGUCAGACCCCGUGUACCUCUCCGUCCCCCUGCCCUCCGACACCCCCGUGAGGACUGCCACCAGCGUCCCCGUCUGGAGGUUCGAGGCCAAAACAGGUCUCUGGGUCAGGAAUGGGACUGGGUACAUUAAGAAGGAGGGAACACAGAUGACCUGGAGUUUCGUGGCCUCCCAGUUGGGUUACUGGGUGGCAGCGUUCCCUUCAGCAACAGGCAUGGGCCUGAACCCCACAGGACUGCGGGACAUCACUACCUACCACACCAUCUUCCUGCUCACCAUUCUAGGCUCCAUGGCCCUGCUGGUGCUUAUCCUGCUCUGCCUGUUGCUCUAUUACUGCAGGCGGAGGUGUCUGAAGCCCCGCCAGCAGCACCGUAAAAUGCACAUCUCCUCCACGUUAGACAGCUCCAAACGAGACCAGGGAACCUCCACCUCCCACCUCAACCUCAUCAGCGGUGGUCAUAUCGAGUCGGGCACCUCCAAUGCCGACAUGGACGCCGUCAAGUCAGACCCUCCCAUCUCCCGGGACUUCCAGAGCUCUCGGGAGGACAUCUUCAGACACGUCCCCGCCCACAAGCUGCGGCACGGCAAGGUCAACACGGACACAUACACCCGGCGAGGAGAAAGCUUUCCCAUGAAGGUGACCCGCUCCACCGACACCGGCAAUAUGGACAAAGGCAGCGAUGGCCGCCGGCACAACGCCAACGACAACCAGGGCUACUCCUCAGAUUCCCCGACUCCGCCACCCUUCGGAAGCCACUACCAGGACCGCAGCCAGGACGGCAGGCCCCCUGAGUACUCUGCAUCGCAGGCAGCAGACCACAUGGCCCGGCCCACCACCCUGAACACCCAGCCCGGCCAGCUCAUCUUCUGCAGCUCCAUGGAGCAGAUGAAGGAGAGCAUGUACCACAGCAUGGUGCCCACGCUGGUCAUACCGGCGCACUAUAUGCGGCUGUCGUCUGACUUCUCAGCCAUGGAAAAGGCCUUGGAGCAGCAGCAGCAGCAGCAGCAGGACAUGGAAGGUAUCCAGGUGAGCUUGACCCUGCCCCGCCAGCGUACUCCGCAACAACAGCAGCAACAGAGCCAUCAGCAGCAGCAGCAAGCUGGCCAUCAGGGUGAGGACUCAGAGGGUGGUGGCUGGGCCCCGCACCCCUCCUCAGGCCCUGUCCGCAUCCCUGUGCUCUUCGACGACACCACGAUGGCCCAGGUGAAUGGGGAGUUGCAAGCGCUGACAGAGAAGAAGCUUCUAGAGCUGGGGGUGAAACCACACCCUCGCGCCUGGUUCGUCUCUCUGGACGGCCGUUCCAACUCGCUCGUGAGGCACUCCUACAUUGAACUGGGCAACGAGCGCGGGAGCACCAGCGAGACCGGUGGUUCAAUCCCCAGGGCAGAUGUCCGCGAAAGCAGGCCGGCGCACCGGAAGGCUAAGGACGAGCGUGGCAGCAGCGAGCGCAAGGGUCAUGCCGGCAAGGCCUACUCCAAGCUCCCCUGCCUGGAUGAUGCAGAGCCUGGCAGCAGCGAAAGCCGAGCAGCCAUGUGUUCACCAGAGGACAACUCCCUUACUCCGCUGCUGGACGAGGGCCAGGAGCCACGGGGGGCCACCUUCCCCCGCCGGGGCCGCAGCCGGGUCAACAGCUCCCGCAGCAGCAACAGCGAGACGCGGCGGGACUCUGCCACCAGCCCCGAGGACGAAAACGACCUGGACGACAAGGACGAUGAGGGCGAGAACAAGAAGAGUCCCUGGCAGAAGCGCGAGGAGAGGCCACUCAUGGUCUUCAACGUCAAGUAGGGUCCCCAAGAAACUUGUCCCAUUUGAAAAGACAAGGUCCACCCUCAUAAGAAUCCUGAUCCUGUCUCCUUCAAUGGUGUUGUUACAGUCCUUCCCAGGAAGUGGCCUGGAUGAAGAUUCAAGUCAACAAAGGAAACUAGAGAAAAGCACAGCUGCACCAUGUGAAGACCAAGUCCCAUGAAGCCUCUGUUAAUAGCUAUCCUCCCCAUUGACAACACAAUCCUUGGAUGUCUUUGAGCAGGCGUGGAUUACUGUUUCUGUAGUCACCGUCCCAGCAUGUGAACAUGUUCAACCCCUCUUAGAUGUUGCUCAGAGAGUGAAGAUCACUCUCCUCAUGUACGAAUAGACACAAGUUGAGUGGAAACUGACCAGAGACCAGCAGCCCUGCGGAGAUUUGGUUUUGAAUUGUGGGCCAUUUCUUUUCCUUUUGAAUUGUUGCCACGAGUAGUGAAAAUGUUUAUCUCUUUUUUCACUUCUGAAGUCCUUUCGGUCCUAAGAGCUCCUGGGGGAGCAAUGAGCUGGCCUAACAGAACCACUUUAUUCCUGUGGAAAACUGGCCUAUAACAGGUAGGAUGCACAGAUCAGUGGAAGGCUGAAGCUGUAGUUAUCUGGAUAAUCCUUUUUUUAGUUAUAGUUUCAUGGAGAAGGCCUUCUUUAAACUGAAUUUUUAUGGAACUAAGAGUAGGGAGUGGUUUAGCUUGAUAAACCACUAGUGCUUGAUAACAUAAAACGAUGCUGGAUUGUUCUGAUCAGAAGACUUUCCCUGGGAAUAUGGCACUUUAGUGUUGUGACUCCAUUUUUGGUCCUGAUUGCAGAUGACCUCUGGAUCCUCAGCCACUAAUGGGACAGUGCUUCCCACAGUCCAAAUGAUGUUGAUGAAAGGGAAAGCUUUCAUUUCUUAAACUCUGCAGAGAAACGUUGGACAGUUUUCACUUCUGUUUUCCUUGAUGUUUUAAACUUUCUGCUGUGCAAAAGCAAGUAAAUGUUUGCGGUAAGUCAUUUGAGAGUGAGUUUCUAUUUCAGCAGUAAUAGAUGGAGCAAUGGGAUCAUCUCUGCUAAGUCUGCAGAAUAUUUCCUGAUGAUCAUCAUGUUUACAGAGCAAAAUAUAUGAGUGCUAUAUUUGUAAAAUAUACCUGCAUUUCCAUAAUGCCCCACAACUGUAUAAAAAAAAGGGCCACAUGUACAGUGUAAAGGUACUUAGUCUGUUUAACAGGGUCGGUACAUAAGAUCAUUUAUAUUGUAUGAAUUCAAAGCACAGCGUGUUUUCUUCAGAAUAUGAAGUGGUGGUAUGUGGAUUCUAAUUGGAUGUCUGAUCUGAAUAGUUAUCACUUGUAACGACAAAUGGACCUUACUAAACAGGGUGUCAAAUAUCUGUGUGUGAACGUCUGCUCCUCCAUUGACAGGCUUAGUUGUGUCUUUGAAUUCAGUGCAUCUGAUAAACAUUUAAGCAGCACAUUUAGUAAUAAAGAUGGUGAUAAUCAUACGGACACUUUCAAUUAAGAUGAGGUGUGCCCUCUUGAGCAUAUUUGCCAAGUGAGCCUAAUUGUACAAUUUGAACUGAUGUCUGUGGAACCUUGACUAAAUUUCAGAGUGUGGAACCUAGGAAAUUCACAGACACCAGCAGCUAUCAAAGUAACAUGGGGAAACCCUUGUUGAAUCUUCUUCAUUGUCAUCCAGAAAUAAAACUGAAUAAACUUGACCUUGAGGUGUUGACAUCUGAUGUAUGCGACUAUGGCCUCAUCAAUAUUUAAUUAUUUCCCAGUUUCCUAAUAUCAAUGAUUACUUCUUUAAAAUGUGAUUCAGGCAAAGGGCCAAUGACUGGUGUUAAUAAAGCCAAGGGAAUUACUGAUAUGCACUUGUACUGGAAUACUGGAAACUUAGUGCAAAGAGCUACAGAUGCGUGUCAACUGUGUUAUGUAUUUACACUUGUAUACCACUUGCUACCAUUGGUUCAGGUGUACAUAUUCUUUCUCUUGAGUAUCAAAUAUCUAAAUGCAUUUUUCACCUUAAAACCUUACUGGCCCUAUAAUGCCCUUGUCAGCAAAAGACACUAUCAUUGACCAAGUUGUAAUAAUGCUGAUUCUCAGUGAUAUUCUCAAGAAACUUUGUAAAAUACAUGAAAUGAAUGGAGCUGUAUUUAUUCACCAUUAACAUGUAGCAACUACUCACGUGUCAUCUAAGUUCAUUAUUUCAAUUAAUGAGAGGAAAGCAUCACCACUAAACAAAAUGAAUCAAGUCACCCUCUUGUUCAGACUUUUUCCCUCUCAAAAUUGAGGAAAUUGAGAGAUUGCUGUAUUGACUAGGGACAGAAUAAGAGCCACAAUUGUGAAUAAAUUGGGAAUUCUGGGCGUCCCUCCAUGUGCCAAUGAAAGGUUCAGCUCAUUCUGUUUACAGCAUGCAAAAGAAUGUUGGAGCUGUGUGCAAGUGUUCCAUAGCCCCACAGGGACUGCACCACACUAACCCUCAAGUGCCUUCUUUUCCAUAGCUACUUUGGGCAGCAUGGAUGACCAUUCUCUUUGCAUGUGAUAAAAGAUGCUUUAUAAGUACAACCAAACCUAGGUCCUUCAGAUGGAGAGAUAAAAGCAAUUUGACUUCAUGACAUCACACAGAGAGAGCCCCCGUGGCCCUGUGUAUGAGUUCAUGUGCCAAACAAUGCCAACUAUUAGCACUGUCUUUCCCCAGAGGCAUACAAAGGUAAUGAAGAUUACAUUUAUACACGUACACACAUACACUAUAUGGACAAAAGUAUUUGGACGCCUGACCAUUACACCAA